AAUGUUUCCUAUUUUAUGAGCACUUGUUUGGUGCGCUAAAUUAAUCAGAGGCUUCGUUGGCUGAGUUGUCAAUCUAAAAAUGAAUUUAUUCUCUUGAUGGUUAUAUUACAAAUGUUGCUUCCAUUACCUACAUUUCAUUGUCUCAUUGUUUUACUCUUUCGUUCCUUCUCUGGACAUCAUUAUUUCUGAUUGAUAACUACGUUCGUGAAUGGCAAAUAAUUGAUACUGUAUGUUCAACUCUACAUCGGUAUUCUGACAAGUAUAUAUUCAAAAUCAUAAAGAUGUGUCCGGUUAAACCAUCCAGCACCAUAUUUUAACUUAUUGUCCUCUUCAGUAAACCAACACGAUUUAAGAAGUCCUGCCACCAUGAUACAUGGACGCUGCAGUCUUCGGGUAAAAAAUUAAUACCCGAAACAAGCUCGACUUUACAUAUUGUUACACAUUUCUUGAAGAACUCCUAAAUGUCCAGGAGAGAAUCCACAAGCGUCGCUAUCAAGAAGGCUGAACAACGCAAUAGCCGAACAAGAAGUGAUCGCCCCCUUGCUGCACAGUUCAUAGCCGAAGCGUAUCCUGAAGUAUCACCGCUCGUAAAGAUAGAUAGCUUUUUUGAUAAUGAAACGCUUAUGAGCUGGGCGGACGUCAUUCCUUGAGCAUACACCAAUACGUCCUGCCUGGCAGAUGUAAUGUAUUUGGUACUACUGACAAAACUUCCAUGUCGCGGACCCGCAAUUAGAAGUGGUAAGAUAGUAAGAGAAUGACAACCCAGUAGGGCAAAGUUUGAUAUAUUUCCACGGAAGAUCCUGAUAAUAUUAUACUGUAAACUAAAGUUAUAGUAUAUAAAACUAGAGUAGAAACCAAUGCUACCAAUAUUUCUUUUCUACACUGAUUUAGCUCC